CGGGCGCAGGCGCAAUGGGAGGCGGAAGUAGGGACUCGAGAAGAGGGAAAGGAACCUGCAGCGCUCCGCGAAGGGCAACGCGCACAACCUCCGUUCCUCCUCCUUCGGGAAGCUGGGGCGGCGGCACGUGCGGCCUGGCCCAGGCUCCUCCCCUCCCCGCCCCCUGCCCGGGCGUGGCCUCGCGGCUGCGUUCCUCCGUCGCCGAGAUGGCGCUCGACCCGGCAGAUCAGCAUCUCAGGCAUGUUGAAAAAGAUGUUUUGAUCCCUAAAAUAAUGAGAGAAAAAGCCCGAGAGAGAUGUUCUGAACAAGUUCAAGAUUUUACCAAAUGUUGCAAGGAGUCUGGAAUGCUUAUGGUAGUAAAAUGCCGGAAAGAAAAUUCUGCAUUAAAAGAAUGUCUAACCUCUUACUAUACUGAUCCUGCUUUUUAUGAAGAAUGUAAAAUGGAAUACCUGAAGGAAAGGGAAGAAUUCAGAAAAACUGGAAUUCCUACCAAGAAAAGGCUACAGAAGCUUCCAACAAGCAUGAGAUUCUACUCCCUUGAGUCAGCUGUGUUCAUUGGUCAGAAUAAAUUCCAGAAUCUGACACCAAUUCCAUUAAUCACAGACAAGCCUGAAUAAGUGGUCCAAAAGCAAGUUUUUUUUCACAAAGAAUUAUAUUAUGAAUUGGUGAGACCUAAAUAAUAUGUGUUCAGGCUUUUGUGAAUAAAAACAGUUUAAAUAACAGCUAUAAAAUAAUCCAGUAUCUUAUGAAAUACAUAUAAUGUAAGUUCUGCUACUGUCACAAUAUAAGCCAAGUUAAAAAAAAAAAAAAAUUUCUUCAGUAAGCAUGUAAUGGCUUAGAAAACAGACUGCUCUAACGCUAUUGUUUAGCCACAGUCAAAACAAUGGUAGUAUGAGAUUUUGUUACUCUUCCAAUUCCUGGGCAGAAAGAUCAUUUAUCCUAAGCCAAAAAGGAUGCCAAUUGCAACUGAGCUCGACUCUAUGUAGUUUGAGAACAAAGCAAUUGAACCACAUUAUAAAAUAAGCUCUGUCUUUUUACUUGGGAGGAGAGACAGGAGUGAGAGAAUUGGAAGUAAUACUGUUCAGCUUUUGGACAGGAUGGUAUUGUAGUCAGGAAAAAGGUAAUCUAGUCUUGUCUCUGUCUACUCCUCAGAGCACUGAAUUUUGUAGUGAGGAGUGGUGGCCUCAAGCCUGCCACUGUUAUACGAAAUGUCCUAGGAAACUUAUAGUUCAAAGCACUAAAAAUUUAUCACCAGCCCAAGACACAAGAAUGAACCAUUUCUAAAUAGGGAAAGCAUUUUUCCUUUAUUAUUAUUUGGAAAUUAUAUUUAUUAUAUAAAUAAAGAGCCACGCUGAAAACUCACUGCAAAAUUACUGUAUGAGUCCCUUUUAAGAGAAGUCUUAUUUCUACCAUCAACUAAUAUUCCUUUAUAUAUAACCCUGGCCACUAGAAAACUCAAGGACAAAAUGAACCAUAAAUUAAGUGAGGACCUGCCAAAGCACUAUAUUAUUUUGUUUUGAUUCAUAAGUCACUAACUGUAGAAAAUGGAACAAAUUCUGAACUUAGUUUUCCUUCACAAUAUGCAACAUUUCCGCCCACUAGUGUAUACUCCUGAGGAGAGCUAUUUAUAAAAUACAAUUUUAUUUUAUUUUUUGCACUCUAGGGACAAUCUGAAAUAUAAACAAUUUAAAACUGGAUAAUGAUUAUUUUUUGUAAAAAGUCAUAUCAUUACUUUAAAAAGUAAAUUUUAGGGCAUUCAAAUUUAUAUCACACAACUUCUCAGAAAUACAACUGUUAUGUAAUAAAAGGUAUAAAUGCACUGAUUUUUCUCUGAGGUAUAAAAAUAGCUUUGGCAAAGUAACCACUACUAGUUAACACAAAACUCUAAAAGUUUAGUCAGCCAAACAGGUAAAAUAUGAAAGGAAAAGCAAUGAAAAUUUUUGUUUGGCUGAAGGGGAUAAACAUCUAGCCUCUCUUCUAAAUAACCUAUCUUUCAUGGACAGAAAAAACAACUUUGCAAAAAAUGAAAACCAAAUAAUGAAUCAAAGUUACUUUUUUCAAAGCAAACAAUUGAAAGAGCUAGGUCUUUGGUAUACUCUGUAAUGAAAAAUAGCUUUGGGUGUCUUGGUGUUUUUUUGUUUUUUUUCAAAUAUAUGAAGUACUUGUGGUAAAAGGUCAACUAGAGCAAACUUAACACCUCAGCCUUAUACACAUAAGCAACACUUGGCUGAGAAAAAAAGCCACAAGGGGAAAGAAUACAGUACUGAAGAAAAAACACAUCAGCAACACCUUUAUGUGUGAAGUUGACCAGUAUGAGACUGAAGCCAAAGCAGAGACUGGGUAGGCUGUGAACAUACUACAUAUUCUUUGGCUUAUCAAACUCAUUUGAUGAGAUUUUGAUAAGAUACGAUAGCUUAGUUGCUCUUCAAGCUUUUGGCUGGAAUCAGUGGUUUCCGGCAAACAUUGACUUGCCUUUCUUGAUCGCAGUUGGGGUUUUCAGUUUUCUUAGUAGUUCAACCUGUACUUGAGUCACCAGAUGUAAAUUAGACAUUUCUCUCUUCAGCUCCCAGUAUACAUUUUGCACAUCAUCACUGAAAUACAGGGUUUAAAAAAAAGUUAAUGGUCAUUCUUCUCUUUAUGAACGGAAGAGAAUAACUUUAAAAUAGAAAUGCUCACAUUUGUAUUUCUGCUUGAAUUAGUUUUGAGAUGAUGUAAAUUAAAACUUCCUCAUUAAAUAAUUGAAAGAUACUUAAUUAGGGCAUUAUAACAAAUGAAAAGACUUUAUUCAUAAUAAUAACACUGACCUAAUUUCUAGCAAUUAACUGAACUAUACUAAAAAGAGUAUUAUGAAAAAAAGUAUUCUAACCAAUGAGUUUCCUAUAGUUCUAGUCUCAGAAUUGAGAUUUUAUCAUAAUUACAGUGCAAGUGUAUUAAUACAUUUAAUAGUAAGGAAUAACUGAUCAAGACUAAAGUGAUAUUCAUGUAUGGGUUUUAAAUUUGUAUUUAUCUUAUGAUUAUUCUGUUUUUGACACUGUGAAUUGAAAUACUCAUAUCAAUUGCUGAAUGUACACCCAAGCCCCAUUAAAAUAAAAUAUGGGUUUCAUGUAUUCCAUUCUUUUAUGUUUGACUGGGCUGUCUCAUACUGUUGGUACUAAACCAAUGUGACAUGACAGCAUAAGACAUGAAAAGCCAGAUGAUUUCCUGGUACGGGGGGAAAAACUAGGGAGAGAGGAUCAUAUGAAAAAGAAAUAAAAACUUCACAAAUGCCUCUCGUUUUUAUGAUUAAAAGUAUUUUUUACCUCAGUUAUCUGAUAAAUUAUGUUAGUUAUUUUAAACCUAAUUUUUAAUAACUUUCAUCUUCAACUAAAUAUUCUUAUUUGGAUAUUCAUGAUUUUAUCCCCUUUUUAGGUCCUUAACUAACUAAAUAAAUCAAAAUCUACAAUAUAUAUUUUUAACUUUGCUGAACUAGAAUACAUAAAAUAUUAGAGUAAGAACAACUGUUACCAUAAUGUCAAAUGACCAGUAUUGUUUCGUACAGGUUAGUGUAAUUUUAGUAGCAAUGAAAUAAAAUUGGACAGAUAUGUCACUUCAUGCUUUAACUUUUGUCUAGCUUUAAAUGAAAACCUUUUAAAACAAAUUUCAAGGAAUACUCUUGAUACUUAAAUCUAAUGUC